AUGGCACCUUGGGCGUCGUGGGAAUCAGUUUCUGUCAGACUUACGAAUGUUCCUGAUAAAUUGAGUACCUUUGAGCUCUUCCGGGCAUUCAAAAAUGAAGGUAUUAUUACCUCCAUCGACAUCUUUGAGGAUUCGCAUGGAAACAAAACCUCAAAAGGCAAGAUCCGCUUCAGCCCGCCUCCCAAAGAUGACUUUUGGAGGAGAGGCUCAAAAACUGUCUUCGGCCAGGACGGGAAGUCGUACACUAUAUACUUGAAUCUUGAAGACAGACCUCCUGAGUGGGAUGUACCAAGUCCAGUCCGUCCUGGUAUCAAAUACCCUGCAGAACUUAAAGUACCAAUCUCUUCGAUGGAGAUCGGCUUCCUCGUCAAUGAAACAACGAUGAUGCCGAUGCGCACAGUGGGAUCAUCAACAAAUGAACAGGCCUCUGUGGUGUUGAACUUAAGACGCAAGGAUCUAAUUGUAUACUUCAGGCUUCCCAUACUCGGUAGACAACAGUCGCAAGAGUAUCGCCUCAAAGUUCCAUUUUCGCAGCUUGACAGGUUCUUCCAGACGCGAGACCCAUCGACUGGUAACAUCUCCCAUUACACUUUCCUGAGUUCUCCCCCACAUUACCAUCGUCGAAUCAACAACACUGAGAGUACAUUUAUUGAAGAGACGAGCUGGCGAGAGUCGGAUACUUGGUUCAGGCAAGCGCAUAUCGUUCAUAAUUCGCAGGAGCAUGCUACGCUUCCGGUCAGCCUCCGGAAACAGAAUCCAGUCAUUGAUAUUGGUCGCUGGAAUGCCUUUCGGAUAAACUACCCUCCAAAUAGCGACGCGAAAAGAAGUUUCAGUUCCUUCUGUGACAUCUUGAGCGAUUAUAAUGUCGCUGUGGAAAAAUCUGAUCGCUUCACCACAUGCGCCAACACCGAAGAACGGCGUACACCAGUCUGGAAAUGGAUUGAUCUCAACUCUAGGUCUUCAGCUACAUCGAUACAAGACCUUUGGGAUCCGGACCACAUUCAUCUGUCUUUUCCAGUUCGUUACCAAUUAGAGGUGUGCAUAUCUCAGGGCUUCCUCUCGGAAUUCAAUAUGAACCGUGAAUUCGCGCUCAAGCUGGCUGAACUCGAGGAGUCGCACGCAAAAAAGCUGCUCGAGCAUGUUGCUCUUCAAAAGAAAAUCUACUACAACCCGAUGGAGAUCUUCAACCUUCAAUUCAUAAAGGGGGCAACGGGAGCAAACAUACCAUCCUACUGUUGUCAAAUGCGUUCUGCAAGGAUCACUCCAAGCACAAUAUACUUCAACAUACCCUCGGUUGACAUAUCAAACCGUGUCAUCCGAAGGUAUAUCCAUCUCGUUGACAACUUUCUCCGAGUCAGAUUCACAGAUGAGAAGCACUGGGGUCGCAUACACGCUGCUUCAGAUAACAGCAUAGACGAGGUGUUCACUCGGAUCAAAAGAGCCCUAGCUAAUGGCAUCGUAGUCGGGAGCACUCGCUACGAGUUUCUCGCAUUUGGAAACUCGCAAUUCCGCGAGCAUGGGGCGUAUUUCUUCGCACCGAAAGACGGUGUUACGGCUGCCAGUAUCCGUGCUUGGAUGGGAAAGUUUAGCGAAAUAAGAAACAUUGCGAAGCAUGCCGCAAGAUUAGGGCAGUGCUUCUCAACCACUCGGGCCAUCGCUGGAUGUUCGGUACAUAUCAAGAGAAUUGACGAUAUUGAGAGAAAUGGUUACACUUUCUCUGACGGUGUCGGAAAAAUUUCAGCAUUUCUCGCCCAAAUGGCAAUGUCGGAGCUGAAGAUCAAAACACCCACGGGUAAACCUCCAUCGGGAUAUCAGUUCCGCCUGGGGGGUUGCAAAGGAAUGCUCAUAGUCUCUCCGGAUGCCCGCCGACAAGAAGUCCACAUACGCAAAAGCCAAUUCAAGUUUGCAGCUCUUCAUCAAGGACUAGAGAUUAUCCGUUGGUCUCAGUUCUCCAUCGCAACCCUCAAUAGGCAGCUCAUCCUUGUGCUAUCCACCCUGGGAGUUACUGACCAGGUAUUCCACUCCAAACUCAGGACAAUGCUCAGAAACCUGGAUGAAGCUAUGCAGAGCGACCCAAAGGCGGUUUACCUACUCAGAAAAUACGUGGAUCCCAACCAGACUACACUCACCAUCAGUCAGAUGGUCCUCGACGGCUUUAGGAGGUCAAACGAGCCGUUUGUGACCUCCCUUUUGACUCUCUGGAGGGCAUGGCAUCUGAAAUAUCUAAAGGAAAAGGCAAAGAUAGUCCUUGAUCAAGGUGCAUGUCUGUUGGGUUGUAUGGACGAAACUGCGACGCUGAGGGGGCAUUUCUAUGACAAAAUUCCAAAAGCAGGUACAUCGCGUGAAGAGAAGAUUGCAGCGCUGCCUGAGAUUUUUGUUCAAGUCUGGCGCACCGAGGAUGGCGGGAAAUAUGAGGUGAUUGAAGGGUUGUGCAUCCUAGCCCGUAACCCUUCACUGCACCCCGGAGAUAUCCGGGUUGUCAAAGCAGUCAAUGUCCCCAGUCUCCAGCAUCUCAAGGACGUCGUUGUUCUACCCCAAACUGGCGAUCGAGAUAUCGCAAGUAUGUGUUCCGGUGGCGACCUUGAUGGAGACGAUUACUUGGUGAUUUGGGACGAAGACCUCUUGCCGGACGGCUGGUUUCGAGAGCCAAUGAACUACACAGGCAAGAAAGCUCAGGAUCUCGACCACGACGUCACGGUUGACGAGAUUACUUCGUUUUUCGUCACAUACAUGAAGAACGAUUGUCUACCCACGAUUGCACAUGCGCACCUUGCAUGGGGGGAUUACUUAGAGAACGGGGUGAACGAGGCCAAGUGCAUUCAACUCGCUCAACUUCAUUCAGAUGCCGUCGACUACAACAAGACAGGUAAUGCAGCGGUCAUGACACGCGCCUUGCGACCCCGCAAAUGGCCCCAUUUCAUGGAGAAGAACAACAAGCCAGAGCAUUGCACCUAUCAUUCGGGUACUGUUCUCGGUCAACUGUACGAUGCGAUAGAGCGUAUCGACUUUGUCCCAAGUCUAGAGAAGGAUUUCGAUCGACGAAUCCUAAACUGCAAAAUAAAUGUUACCGAAGAUCAGUACGAGUUUGCAAGGGAGCUCAAGGCUCAAUAUGACAUUACCAUCCGUCGGGUCAUGGCGCAGCAUGAGAUCAAGACAGAGUUCGAGGUAUGGUCUACCUUUGUGCUUGGCCACUCCAACAUGGCCAGAGACUACAAAUUCCACGAGGAUAUGGGAACAAUCUCCGCGGGGCUUCUGGAAGACUUUCGAAAGCGUGUCUAUGAAGAAGCCGGUGGUCGAAACUUCGACGUGCUUGCCCCUCUUGUCGUCGCAAUGUAUAAAACCACACAUGAAGAAAUGGUUGCGGCGCUGGCCAAGCAUAGAAAGGACAACCCACACAAUGGAAGACUCUUCAAUAGCUCCUCGACCCUGAAGAUUGAGCAUCUGCCUCUCAUCAGCUUCCCAUGGAUUUUCCACAAAGUCCUAGGUCAGAUUGCAGUCGGUCACUACGAUCAUCCAGAGGCUGCAGAUACUGUUACGCUCAGUCAGCUUAAUGAGGGCAAACCAAAGAAAUUCAAUUCCGGUGAUGCUGGUAGAGAUCUUACCACACCUGGACUGACGCAGCCGGUCCUACCCGCCGGAAACGAUGAUCCAUUUGGACUUAACUUGCAAGAUGCCGCCACAGUUAGGUCAAACCACGCCAUGUCCUGGGAUGAGGGCGACAUUGGUUCUCUCGAGCAGCUCCUCGAUUUUGGCCUCCUGAAACCCCCAAGUACACCAUCCUCGUCAUUGAUCAUUACCAAGUCGGAAAGGGAGUCUAGCUUGCUAGAUCUGGAUGCCGGAUGGGUGGCCAACCCCAUAAACGUCAUGCAAAACUUGAAAGAGAACGUGAAGGGCAAUGGGACGUCGCAGGAGUUGUUGGAACACAAAGUCGAGCGGUCUCGUAUAAUCGAAGUCGAAGAGGAAGAGUGCAGCGGUGGUGAUACGCUCGGCAUUAACAAGUUGAGCGAGCUGGCUGGUCUUUGA